GAUCUCAUCAGUAAAACCCGCCCAUAGGACAGAGAAAACAAGGAAACAGAAUCAGAAGAUAGAGUAGAAUAAAGUGUAGGAAACUGCGUUUUUAGUUUACUGGCAUUGGCCGCUAUGGGCAUCUAGGAGGGCACCAGGGUCCAGGUGCUGUCCAUCCCAGGUCACUUAUCUUCUGAACUAGACAGCAGACACUCAGCACUUAUUUAUUGCUUGGGGAAUACUUGUUAUCACUAAGAACAUUGUGAAGGACAGGACUCACGUAGUGACUGAAAAUGGCGAAUAAUAUGAUGUUUGAAUUUGAUGAUCCUAUACUGGACCCUUACAGAAUGAGCCAAUACUCUUCAUUUCCCGAGCCAAUCUUAAUGAAUACUGACUCACAUGUGAGAACAGUGGAUGGACCAUAUAUUGAAAUUAUAGAACAACCUAAACAGAGAGGAUUCCGUUUUCGAUAUGUUUGUGAAGGACCAUCACACGGAGGACUUCCAGGUGCCUCUAGUGAAAAGAACAAGAAAUCCUACCCACAGAUCAAGAUCCACAAUUAUAUAGGCCAUGCAAAGAUUGUUGUGCAGUUGGUAACUAAUGGCAAGGAUGUCCGGCUACACGCACACAGUCUAGUAGGAAAACAUUGUGAAGAUGGAAUUUGUACAAUUAAUGUGGGGCCAAAAGAUAUGAUUGUGGGGUUUGCUAACCUGGGAAUACUUCAUGUGACAAAGAAGAAAGUGAUUGAGGUGCUAGAAGCUCGCAUGACCGAUGCCUUUAAAAAGGGAUACAAUGCAGGGCUCUUAGUGCACCAGGAGCUCAGUUAUCCAUAUUCCGCAGACCGACCCUUAAGUGAUCGAGAACGAGAAAUAAUUCACCAAGCGGCAUUGCAGCAAUCCAAAGACAUAGAUCUCAGCGUGGUGCGACUCAUGUUCACUGCAUUCCUGCCAGACAGCAAUGGUAGCUUUUCAAGGCUCCUUGAACCUGUAAUAUCAGUGCCUAUCUAUGACAGUAAAGCCCCAAAUGCCUCCAACUUGAAGAUUGUGAGAAUGGACAGAACCUCGGGCUGUGUGACAGGAGGGGAGGAGAUCUACCUUCUCUGUGACAAAGUACAAAAAGAUGAUAUUCAAAUACGUUUUUAUGAAGAGGAUGAAAAUGGGGGAUUCUGGGAAGGAUUUGGUGAUUUCUCACCAACAGAUGUUCACAGACAGUUUGCCAUUGUCUUUAAAACACCAAAAUACAGAGAUAUUAAUAUUACAAAGGCAGCAUCUGUGUGUGUUCAACUUCGGAGAAAAUCAGAUUAUGAAACCAGUGAACCUAAACCAUUUCUUUAUUACCCAGAAGUAAAAGACAAAGAGGAAGUACAGAGGAAGCGCUUGAAGCUCAUGCCUAAUUUCUCUGAUGGAUAUGGUGGUGGCGGUAGCAGCGCUGGGUCUGGAGGGGGUGGAAUAUAUGGAAGUGGUGCAGGAGGUUCAGGUGGUGGAGGUUAUGGGUUUCCUGCUUAUGGAUACAAUGCUUAUGGGACUUUGAAUUUUCAUGGAAGCACCAUGAAUUCCAGCGCAGUAAUGAAGCACAGUGAUGUGUCAAUAGCUGCAAAGUUGCCCAGCGAGAGCAAUCAUGGAGGUGAUGACGCUGAAUAUGUCCAUGAUCAACAGAAUACAACAUCCUGUGAGAGCUCAGAUGCAUCCAACACGCCAGAUAAUCCACUAACAGCCUCUUCAAAUGAGGAGGAACCGUGUCAGCAACCAGCUGCAGACUGUCUCUUCCUGGGUAAGGCCAUGCAGCUUGCGAAGCGUCACACAGCUUCCCUUUUUGAUUAUGCGGCAACAGGAGAUGUAAGGUUGUUACUUGCAGUACAGCGCCACCUAGCAGCCGUCCAAGAUGAAAAUGGGGACAAUGUUCUUCAUCUGUCUGUUAUCCAUCUCCAUUCUGCAUUGGUUAAGAUCUUUUUAGAUGUAACCCAUGGUGUUAUAUGUGAGGAUAUUAUCAAUGUAAGAAAUGACCUUUAUCAGACUCCAUUGCACUUGGCUGUAAUCACUCAACAAGCUGAUACUGUGCAAGAUAUCCUAAAUGCCGGUGGUGACCCAUUGCUCUUAGACCGUCAUGGGAACUCUGUCCUGCACCUCGCCUGCAAAGAAGAAGAUGCAACCACACUAAGCAUACUUCUUAAGCACCCAAAGACCGCACAGAUUAUUAACCUUCCAAACAAUGACGGUUUGACUGCAUUACAUGUUGCAGUAAUUGCGAACAGUAUGCCUUGUCUCAGGCUAAUGCUAACUGCUGGGGCAAAUGUAAAUGCUCAGGAACAAAAAUCAGGAAGAAGUGCUCUGCAUCUGGCUGUGGAGCAAGACAAUGUCUCAUUGGCUGGUUGCCUUCUGCUUGAGGGCGAUGCAUGUGUUGACAAUACCACUUAUGAUGGAAGCACUCCUCUACAUAUAGCAGUGGGAAGAGGUUCCACUAAACUGACAGCUCUUCUCAAAGCAGCAGGUGCAGAUUCCUUAAUUGAAAACUUUGAGCCUCUCUGGAGCCCAGAAGACUCAGACGAUGAAGGAAUUGUUCCAGGCACAAAACCUUUGGACAUGGCAAUUAAUGAUGAGGUUUACGAGAUAUUGAAUGGAAAGCCCUAUUCAUCCAACAUAGUUUCUGAAAACAUCUUGGUACAAGGAGAUAUGAAGGAACUCAGCGAGGAAGCAAAGCAAGGGCUUUACACAUUGCUGGGAAAUGAAGAUCUAGAUAAGAACUGGUCCGCCUUGGCACAGAAGCUGGGCCUAGGAAUACUGAAUAACGCUUUCAGAUUAAGUCCUCUACCCUCUAAAACGUUGUUGGAUAACUUUGAGGUUUCUGGUGGUACAGUAGCAGAACUUUUGGAUGCUUUGAAGUUGAUGGACUACAGAGAAGCUGUUGAUAUCAUUGAGCAGUCACAACGGAAUAUUAAAAACAUAACUAGGAAUGCAGAUGUUUCUGAUGCACCUAAGACUACACAGAAGAUAGGUCAUAUUUCUACAGCUGAUGAGCCCAGUUAUCUUAAACAAGAAAAUGAAAGCUUGUGUGACAGCGGUGUAGAGACAUCCUUCCGGAAGCUUAGCAUCUCAUAUACAGAAUCUCUGAAAACAUCUGAUGAGGAUUUCACUUCAAAGCUCCCACAAGUGCCUGGCUGCACUCUCAUCUGCAACAACUGAUACAGCAGGAGGGACUACACCACUGAGAUAGCAUUUCAACAUUAAUUGUUUCUGCUUGCACCAUUUUCUUGAGGCCCAAAUUCUUGGACAAUAUACACUGGAAAAGGCUAGAUACAUACAAAAGAAAUGUAAUUUUAAAACAUACAAUGUCAUACAUAUGCAGCCAAAGAGGAUCAUUGUGUGCACUUAAUAGGUAUGCAUCUAGCCAGGGCUUUGUAUUAAUAGGUAUGCAUCUAGCCAGGGCUUUGUACAUAUGUUAUUUGACUCAUGGCUAAUUAUACCAGAUGGUGUUUGACUGAUGUGUGCUACAAGUGUUCUGGUUCUGUAGAUAUGUGAAACCACUGCAAAAUCUGCACUGGCCUUUAUUUACAUUACAAAGAUAAACACAAGUGAAAAAAUGGGUGAAAAGACAAAAAUGAUGGUACCAUUUUUCAUAAAUUGUUUGUGAUCUGUUUUAAGCUAUGUCUGCUGUGUAGUAAUGAUGAAAAAAUGUUUUAGUUUUUAUGGCAUCAUUUUAAUGCAGUAAAUAUUAUAUAUUUUUUAGGAUUGUCAAUUUUAUUGUGCUUUUUAUAAUAAAAUGAAAAACAUUUAAACUAUACUGUUAGCACUUAAUAUAUAUAUAUAUAUAUAUAUAUAUAUAUAUAUAUAUAUAUAAUUUUUUAUUUUCUUUUGGUAGUUGCAAGACGGCAAAUAUCAUAAUUUAUUUAUAGUUACUAUGAGGUAACCUACCUGUUUACAGCACCUAAAAUAGACAAGUACUUCUUCAGUGUACCUUGAUCGUAAGCAAUAUCACGAAUAAGGAGACCUGUUAACAAGAUUAUUUCUGAAGCUGGGUUGAAGCAGUGUAUAUCUCGUGCUGUGUCUACAAUUGUUCCAGAGGUGUGUACAUGAAACAAAAGGUUUUGGAAGACUUUUUUUUCCUGAUUGUCAUGCAAGCAGUGUGAGAUAAUCUGGUACAGAAUUGAGAACCUUGUCUGUACAACAUUCUACAAAGUGACUGUCUGAUCAGUGUAGCUCGUUUAUAUAUCUGCCCCUAAUUUACUACGGGACCUGUCUACAAGUGCAUCCAGAGAGAAUACUUAGGGCCCUGUUAUGUGAAUAAACCUCUACUAUAAUAUUAUACCAUGGAUGUAUAACGAUUGCAGCUUGACAGAGAAGGACGUUAAAUGUAUGUGAAUGUGUGCUAAUUAAUUCCCUUUUCUACACAGUUAUUGGUCACUUAAUAAAACACUUCAAUAAAUGUGUAUUCACUCUCUGUUCCUUUAUCUGUGCGUGAGAAAACCUAAUUGUAUAUUAUAUAAAAUGUUUUAUACUAAUAAAUCAAUUUCUUCUUAA